GGCUCGCAGAUUGAACGAUGCACUCGCUCGCGCGGACUGUUAUCAGCGCCGCCCUAUAGAGACCCCCACCUCCGAGGCUCGAGCACAACGACCCCACCUCCGAGGCUCGAGCAGAAAGACCCCACCUCCAAGGCUCGAGAAGAACGACCCCACCUCAGAGGCUCGAGCACAACGACCCCACCUCCACCUCCGAGGCUCGAGAAGAAGGACCCCACCUCCGAGGCGCGAGCACCACUACCCCACCUCCACCUCCGAGGCACGAGCAGAACCCCACCCCCUCUCCGAGAGGGACGGCGAGAGACACCGAGCUGUAACGGACUAAAUACCUUUCGGAUCCCCCGGCUCCAUUCGCCCCGACCGGGCCUAAUGCUUUAGCGCGAGCGCAAACGAGAGAGAGAGAGAGAGAGAGAGAGAGAGAGAGAGAGAGAGAGAGAGAGAGAGAGAGAGAGAGAGAGAGAGAGAGAGAGAGAGAGAGAGAGAGAGAGAGAGAGAGAGAGAGAGAGAGAGAGAGAGAGAGAGAGAGAGAGAGAGAGAGAGAGAGAGAGAGAGAGAGAGAGAGAGAGAGAGAUCCGCACUGAUUGAGUCGGCAGGGACAGGGCGGAACAGAGGAUCCUUCAUUCGCUCUGAACCAUGGGCUGUACUCUGAGCGCCGAGGAGCGCGCCGCUCUGGACCGGAGCAAGGCCAUCGAGAAGAACCUGAAGGAGGAUGGCGUCACGGCGGCCAAGGACGUCAAGCUGCUGCUGCUCGGCGGCGGGGAGUCGGGCAAGAGCACCAUCGUGAAGCAGAUGAAGAUCAUCCACGAGGACGGGUUCUCAGGGGACGACGUGAAGCAGUACAAGCCCGUGGUCUACAGCAACACCAUCCAGAGCCUCGCCGCCAUCCUCAGGGCCAUGGACUCCCUGGCCAUCGAGUUUGCGGACAAGGAUAGAAAAGCGGAUGCUAAGCUAGUGUGUGACGUGGUGACCCGUAUGGAGGACACAGAGCCGUACUCGGCAGAGCUCCUCACGGCCAUGCAGAAGGUCUGGGCCGACGCAGGCACCGCCGAGUGCUUCAACCGCGCCCGGGAAUACCAGCUCAACGACUCCGCCCAGUACUACCUGGACAGUUUAGACCGCAUCGGAGCCGCCGACUACCAGCCCACAGAGCAGGACAUCCUCAGGACCAGGGUGAAGACCACCGGGAUCGUCGAGACCCACUUCACCUUCAAGAACCUUCACUUCAGGCUGUUUGACGUCGGAGGUCAGCGGUCCGAGAGGAAGAAGUGGAUCCACUGCUUUGAGGACGUCACCGCCAUCAUCUUCUGUGUGGCCCUGAGUGGCUACGACCAGGUGCUCCACGAAGACGAGACAACGAACCGCAUGCACGAGUCCCUCAUGCUGUUCGACUCCAUCUGCAACAACAAGUUCUUCAUCGACACCUCCAUCAUCCUCUUCCUCAACAAGAAGGAUCUGUUCGCUGAGAAGAUCAAGAAGUCCCCUUUGAGUAUCUGCUUCCCUGAAUACAUAGGUGCUAACACCUACGACGACGCCACAGCCUACAUCCAGGUUCAGUUUGAGAGUAAGAACCGCUCCCCCAACAAGGAGAUCUACUGCCACCUGACCUGUGCCACCGACACUGGGAACAUCCAGGUAGUGUUCGACGCGGUCACCGACAUCAUUAUCGCAAACAACCUGAGGGGGUGUGGCUUAUACUGAGGCCGGGCCGCCGGCUGCCAUGGGGAGUAUGAGGUGUUAAUAAUGAUAAUUUUGAUGAUACUAAAACACAUAAAUACUGUAUGUAAAUCGACACGUCCACACGGACCCAAAGAGCUGCCGUCAGACACCACACUGAAUUAUUGCCAUGUUUGGUUCCUCUCCCAUCUUCUCUGUUUUGAGUUCACUAUACAAACCCUGGGUGUGUUUUAAAAAAAAAUGUGUUUUCACAAAAUAAAUGUUUAAUUGUUUUUUCUUGAUUGUACCAGCAAUUAUGAAGAUGAGAACCGCGGCACUAGGGGCUAUGAGCAGCCUUGCCUUGUUUUUUGCAAAACCUAGAAAUCCGAUGCACGGAAUGCACAAUGUACUCUUUUAACAUUUCCUUAAAAAAACACCAAAAAAAAAGAUAGUGGUCGUCCUUUACAUUUGAUCAGCGAGGCCGAGAGAGCCGCUGUCCUGCUGAAUAACCCCUGGUGCCGCC